CAAAAUCUCGACCUGGACGACCUCGUGAUGGGCCUCUUUUUGCGACGGCCGUGCUUCGCGGAGGCCUGCGAGCGCGUGUACGGCAAGGGCACCCCCAUCAGCUCCUUCCGCACCAUGUUCUUCAACAAGCCGUGCGCUCCCUCGGCCGCCAGCUCGGGGGGCACCCACCUCCCGUGGCAUCAGGACCGGUGGCGGUUUCUCGACAUCGACCCGCUCCUCAACGCGUACCUCGCCCUCGACCCCGCCUCGCCCGAGUCGGGCUGCGUGCGUCUGCUGCCGCGCUCGCACACGCUCGGCAUCCUCAACCCUUCGCACCACUCGGCCUUCCUCACAGAGGGCCAGAUUGAGUGUUACUGCGGCGCAAAGGCCGAGGCGAGCGGCGCGAUCGUCGACCUCGUCCUGCAGCCUGGGGAGGUGGCGCUCAUCCACAACUGGGUGGUGCACUCGUCGGGCACAAAUCGCACCGCGCGAGCCCGCCGAGCGCUCUCCGUGAGCUACAUGGACGCGAGGACGAAGCUGAACGAAGCUGAGUUUGGACGCUUCACCGGCGGCGAACUCAAGUCCUCCGGAUACCCGGAGGGAGGCACGCAUUUCCCACAGAUCUUCUGAGAAAGCACGCAACCUAGAACUUGAGACUGCGCGUGUUCGUCUGCCUAUGCCGUAGGGCUCACGCGCCACGGUGCACACUCCACAGCAAAAAAAGCCUACUGUACCGUCCACCCCCUGUCGAGUGCCUGCUGUCCUGUACAGUCGAGUACGGAGUAGUAGAGGGUUCGGAUGAAAUA